UGCUCAUAACCUUAAUAAUUUUGAUACACGUGUAAUGCGAAGCAUUUAAAUUUGAAUUUUUUUUGUUUAUUGCAACGUGAAACAUCAAUGAUAAAGUGUAACAGUGAAUGAAGUGGCAAAGAUUACUUUACAAUGGACAUAUAAAUACGUCGAACGAAUCAAAAUAAUUAAGAUGCGACAAUCAGAUGGUAAAGAAGAAACCUGUAUUCAUGCAUAAAUAUCAAAGUAUCGAUGAACUGAAAACAUACAUAUCAUCCAUCUUGAGUUUUGGACAGAAGGAACAAAAUGUCGUCCUACUAGUACCAUAAUUAGUAACAGGAUGAGGGGUUCAAAGAGAAAGAGGGAAUACAUCUCACUGAGCGGGAAAUACGAUUGAAGGCGGGUUGAUGGAAGAAAUAAGAGGAAGGGGGAAAGAAAAAUAAGAGAAGGGGAGAAGCGAUCGUACCAGGGGGCGGUUGACAACAUGGAUUUCGCCAUAAUGAACAUGAGUCCUCGUAUCCUGCUUCGGACAUUCCAGCGCAUCUCGGGAUUUCGAUUUGCCUCGACGAAACCGGCGUUCACGUCGGACAGGUACAACGUGAAAAGAGGCGCGUACGCGAGCAUUUCCAAUGAUCACGUGGCAUUCUUCAACGAGCUACUUGGACGGAACAGAGUCAUCGUGGAUGCGGAGGAAUGCGAAGGAUACAACAUAGAUUAUGCGAAUAUCGUCAGAGGGAAGAGCACGCUCGUGUUGAAACCGAAAACCACCGACGAAGUGUCUACCAUAUUAAAGUUUUGCAACGAGAAUCGGUUAGCCGUGUGCCCUCAGAGCGGUAACACGGGUCUUGUAGGCGGCAGCGUGCCGGUCUUCGACGAGAUCGUCAUUUCCAUGAAGUUCAUGAACAAAAUCAUCGAGACGAAUGAAUUGGCAGGGGUGUUGACCUGCGAAGCUGGUUGUGUGCUCGAAGAUCUGGAUAAUCAUUUAGGGACAGUAGGAUUAAUGAUGCCGAUUGAUCUUGGAGCGAAGGGUAGUUGCCUGAUCGGUGGUUGCGUGUCCACAAACGCCGGAGGUUUGAGGCUCCUUCGUUACGGUAAUCUUCAUGGAAACGUCCUAGGUCUCGAGGCCGUAAAAGCGAACGGAGAAGUGAUAGACUGUUUAAAUACGCUGAAGAAGAACAACACUGGCUACCAUUUGAAACACCUUUUCAUCGGGUCAGAGGGUACCUUGGGAAUCGUGACGAAAGUUGCGAUUCAAUGUCCACCGCUUCCUAAGGCCGUCAAUGUCGCCCUCUUAGGGUUAAACAGCUUCGAGAAAGUGUUGAAGGCGUUCCGUCUGGCGAAAAGCGAAUUAGCAGAGAUUCUGUCUUCGUUCGAGAUGAUGGACAAACGGUCGAUCGAUAUUUCUUUCACGACUUUCGGCAUGAAAAGUCCAUUAACAUCGAAAACCGACGGCCAUGAUUUUUAUGUAUUGCUGGAGACUUCCGGUAGCAACGUGAACCACGACGAAGAGAAGCUCGGAUCUUUUGUCGAGAAGGCGCUCGCUGAUGAUAUUAUCGAAGAUGGUACUCUUACUUCAGAUCCUACCAAAGUCAAACAUAUAUGGGCAUUGAGGGAACGCAUUAGCGAAGGAGUAUUGAAGGAGGGCUAUGUGUUUAAGUAUGAUAUUUCCAUACCUUUGUUGUCUUAUUACAAAGUAAUUGAGAUGAUUGAAGAACGAUUGCGCGAUCCACGUGUUAUAAGAAUUAGUGGUUACGGACAUCUAGGCGAUGGGAAUAUUCACGUACAAGUUUCAAUACCGUCAUACGAACCUGAUAUAGCAUCGCAGCUAGAACCCUUCAUUUUCGAAUAUGUGUCUAAGCUUCGUGGUAGCGUAAGUGCUGAACAUGGAAUAGGAUUCGUAAAAACGAAAUAUCUACACAUGAGUAGAACCUCUUCUGAAAUCAAACUCAUGCACCAACUGAAAAAAAUGAUGGAUCCAAAUGGGAUACUUAAUCCGUACAAAGUAUUAUAUCCAUAAAAAUAGGAUAUAUGUAUAAAAGAAUAUAUGUAUAAAUACAGUACAAUUGAAAUUUCAUAUGAAGUACAAGUAUUUAGCAUAAUGAAAUUAGCUAUGAUAAAUAUAGUACAAUUCUGUAUUCACAUUUAAAUUUAAGAAUAAAUAACAUACUAUUAAACAAAUGAAAUAAAUAUUAAGUGAAAGAACAUGAA